GGUUAAAUAUUAUUGUUGUUGUUGUGAGUGUCCCACCAAACGAGAUAGGGUCAGGCCACAGUGUAGCAUCCCAGCAAAUUAAGCCCAUACAAUACACAUCAAAUGAAUUUACAGAAACAUCCUUCGAUGUGGAAUGAGGAUAUCCUUUCUGGUUGGCACUCAAUGCCAUGGUACUGGAUAGCAUUAGCACUUCACAGUUCACAAAGGAUAUGACAUGAAUAUCAUUUCCUAAUUUUGAUGAAUCAUCUUUCUUUUUCAAAUCCCACUCAUUAUUAUAUGAGUUCCUUCACCACCAUGGCUCCUCUGACAAACUUGCAUGGAGUCUCCAAAAACUUAACCCCCAUUACAUGCCUUCCAAAUGUGCACAGGACCCUUAGGAGAGGACAUGUAGUUGGAUUUCUUGGAAGAAAAUCACAGGAAUUUUCAGAAUGUUCAGUUCAGUCUACAAGAAGAGCAGCAGCAAUAAGCUUUGCCACUCUACUCCUUACAGGACAAUUCAAGGACAAUGUUUCAUUAGCUGAUAAUGGCUUCUGGAUUGAUGGACCUCUUCCAGAACCAAUUGUCAUCAACAAGAUUGCAAAUGAGAAAACGGGGACUCGUUCUUUUCUCAAAAAGAGACUCUACAUGGCAAAUAUUGGAGUCAAAGGAAGUGUGUACAGGAUCAAGAAAUAUGCCUUUGAUCUUCUGGCAAUGGCAGAUUUGGUUAAAGAAGACACCCUCAACUAUGUGAGGAGGUACCUGAGGCUCAAGUCCACAUUCAUGUACCAUGAUUUUGACAAGGUUAUCUCUGCCACUCCAGUUGAUGAGAAGCAGCAACUAACUGACAUGGCUAAUAAAUUGUUUGAUAAUUUUGAAAAGCUUGAAGAAGCUUCAAGGAAGAAAAAUUUGUCUGAAACAAAAUCAUGCUAUCAGGAAAGUGAGAUUUUGCUUAAAGAGGUCAUGGACCGAAUGACUGCAAUGUAUAAAACAAUUUGACAUGAUUUUAAUCAAGCUGUGUUACUCUUGCUCUUAUCAAAAACAAUUUUAUGUUUUUGAUUUACUAUAGAGAAAUACUAUGACUAGAUGAAUUUAAGUGCAGAAUUGCAAGUGGAGGAUAGUGUCCUUAACCACAGUGAACACUAAAUUUAACAUAAAAUUAUUCAUGUGUAUUUUAGGACAUUGGUUUAAUUCUUGUUGCACACAAUUCUUCACAUAAGUAGUGUUUAUCACAAGCUAGGUGAGUUCAACUACCAAAAAAACGGACCGAUAUAUUUAAUGGCAAACUGGG